UAUGCCUUUGAAAUCCCACUUCAGACCUCCAAUUCCAACGAUAUUGUAUUAUUGUACCAUAUCUCUCGGUCAACACAUCGCCGGAGUGAGGGGCUCUCGUCACCGGAAAUCUCCUCCCGACCUCCGCCAUGGGAGAUAACUCCUCCGAUGCAACUGGACUUCAGUCUAUCCGCUGCAAAGCUGCUGUCUGCCGAAAGCCUGGAGAGCCGCUAGUGAUUGAGGAGAUAAUUGUGGCGCCGCCUAAGGCUGGUGAAGUUCGUAUUCGGAUAAUAUGUACCUCUUUGUGUCACAGCGAUCUCAUCUUCUGGAAAUUGAAGGAUCCUCCGGGGUUUUUUCCUAGAAUUCUUGGCCACGAGGCUAUCGGAGUGGUUGAGAGUGUAGGAAAGGAUGUUACUGAAGUUAAGGAAGGAGAUACAGUAAUCCCAACCUUCAUGGCUGACUGUGGGGAGUGUAAAGAUUGCUUGUCAAGUAAAAGCAAUCUGUGUACAAAUUUUCCUUUCAGUCUGUCUCCGGGAAUGCCUCGAUAUGGGACAAACAGAUUCACAGAUUUAAAUGGAGAGGUUAUUCAUCAUCUUUUGUUUGUAUCAAGUUUCACUGAAUACACAGUGGUAGAUAUCGUCAACGUAACCAAAGUAGAUCCUGCAAUCCCUCCAAACAGGGCAUGUCUUCUUAGUUGUGGGGUAACAACAGGGGUUGGUGCGGCAUGGAGAACAGCAAAUGUAGAGAAGGGAUCCACUGUUGCCAUAUUUGGACUAGGGUCCAUAGGUUUGGCUGUUGCUGAAGGAGCAAGACUAUGCGGAGCAAGCCGGAUUAUUGGUAUCGAUAUCAACCCAGAUAAGUUUGAAACUGCAAAAAAGUUUGGAGUCACUGAGUUUGUUAAUUCCAAAACUCUUGGCGAUAAAUCUGUGAGCCAGGUGAUUAUUGAAAUGACUGAUGGAGGUGCAGACUAUUGCUUUGAAUGUGUGGGAGCGGCUUCCUUAGUUCAAGAAGCAUUUACAUGCUGCAGACAGGGUUGGGGAAAAACAAUUGUAUUAGGAGUAGACAAGCCUGGAACAGUAUUGAAUUUUAGCUCUUAUGAUAUCCUUCAUCGUGGGAAGACGAUUAUGGGAUCCUUAUUUGGAGGGACAAAGCCCAAAUCAGAUAUUCCCACUCUUCUAAAGUGGUACACAGAUAAGAAACUUGAGCUGGAUAAAUUUGUGACACACGAAGUGGGUUUUGAAGAUAUCAAUGAAGCAUUCAAUUUGCUAAUUGAAGGAAAGUCAUUGAGAUGUGUGAUUUGGAUGAACAAUUGAGCAACCACCUCACAUGCAUUGGUUUCAUCGUUAUUUGUCAGCAACUAUAUCCAUUUAAAAUAAAAUCCUUAUAACCUUAUUUUAAUUAAAUAAACUGUUCUUUUCUUUUCCCCUUUUCUUUAAAAAAUUAAAUAAAGUGUUCCUUUAGUUAAGUGUU